GCCUGCUUGCUGUUCAGAUCGUUUGUCUUUCUUUUUCAAAGAGGUGUAAAGCGCCACAUGUUAUCAUGUUGCUGCACCUAGAUAUGUAGCAACUCUUCAACGUCGGUUUCCCUCAAACAUUAGAGAGCGUACAUCCGAACGAUGCUGUCGCGACGAUCUACGUGCUUGGCGUUGCUUACUGGACGAUUUUGCCAUUUGCAGCCUGCGAUCUCCAAGCGACACCUUCACAGCUCAACAGAAGAAGAUGGAGAAAGGAUCCCCGUAAAGAGAGUAUAUACAAGGAAGAAAGCUGGGGUGAUGGACGCUCGAAUGGCCGAGGCAAUCUUUUACUCUCAACAUCGGCCAGUUCCUUUGGGACCAGCUGGAAAUGCGAAUGUGAUGGGUUUGGUAAAGGAUGUCUGGAGGAAGGAAACGGGAGUUCCAAAGAAAGAGAUGAAGCUGCGUUCUGCAGAGAGCAACAGUGGCGAGCGCCACGAUCUUCGUUUUGUGACAUCUCGCAUCCCGCAGUCCAUUGAGAAACCCACAUCCUUGAUCACACCUUCUCCCCGCUUCCCACUUUCCGAACUAGAUCCCAUAUCUCAUCAUAGCGUUGUCGAGUACAUUUAUCACACGGUCCCAAACAUUUUGGAACCGGUCAUGGAAAGCUACAUAGGAGGACGGAAAAAGUGGCGGUGCAGGCACGCUGUCCACACUUCUGUAGAAGGCCAAGUUCAGUUCGAUAAACAACCAUCAGCUCAUCGCGACCGCAGACUCGGCAGAAGCAGGAGGAAGCCGAAGAGAUAGACGCCAUCUGCCGCUCAUAAACGGACAAAGUAUAUGAUUUGCUGUUAAAUAAACAAAUACAAGCGAUAGAAAUUAUCUAAAUACGCAUCGAAAACCAAUCUUGGUAUCUGUAAAAAAUAGGAAAGUGUGAUGCUAG